AUGUUUAAUAAAUGCUAUCAACCAUCUAAAUGCAAAAGUUAUGGUUAUUGUUGUUGCGAACAAAGAAAUGAAAACACAAUAAGAAAUGAAAUGAAUGAAAAUUUUUAUUCAAUGGAAGAAAAAACAUUUUCUCAUGAUAUUGGACAGGAAAAUGUGGAAAAAUUUUUGGAGAAUCCACCAAAAAAUGCGAGAAUUUUGAAACCACUAAUCCAAGAAAAAAUUGUAGAAAUAUUGAAACCAGAAAUUGAAGAAAAAAUUAUAGAAGUUCCUCAAGUACAGUAUAUAGAAAAAAUAGUAGAAGUACCUCAUGUUAUUUUACAAGAAAAACUUAUACACGUACCAAAGCCUGUAAUUCAUGAAAGAAUAAAAAAAUGCCCUAAAACAAUUUUUCAAGAAAAAAUUGUUGAGGUUCCUCAAAUUAAAGUUGUUGACAAAAUUGUAGAAGUACCUCAAUAUGUAUAUCAAGAAAAAAUUAUAGAAGUACCAAAAGUAAUGGUUCAAGAAAGAAUUAUACCUGUACCUAAAAAGGUUAUCAAAGAAAAAAUUGUUGAAAUACCUCAAAUUGAAUUGAAAAAUAUAAACAUUGAAAAAAUUCAAGAAGUACCUGAAUAUAUUCCUGAAGUAGUAAAAAAAGAUAUUCCUUAUACGCAAGUUGUUGAUAGACCAUUUCAUGUUGAGAAAGUUGUUGAAGUACCACAUGUUCAACAUAUUUAUAGAAAUAUUGUAUCUCCUCAAUAUCGCCAUAUACCGAAGCCUGUGGAAGUUCCUAUGGCUCAUUACAGAACUUUCCCUGUUGAAAAAUUAGUUGAUAGAAACGUUCCUGUACCUGUAGAGUUGCAAAUUGUUCAAGAAUUUUUAUGCCCUAAAAUUGAGGCAAGGUAUAAAGAAAUUCCUGUACCUGUGCAUGUACAACGCAUUAUUGAACAUCCUAUACCUAAGGAUGCUAUGAAUAACCCACAUUUGUUACCUUUAUAUUAUCAAGAAGAUAAUAUAGAUAUACCAAGAAAUAGAUCAAACCAAAAUAAUUGUUUUAUGAUUAAUUGUAAUAAAAGUAAUACAAGAACAUCAAAGAUGAACCCUUCCGUAGAAUUAUUGUUACACAACGAUAAGAAUCCUGAUCAAUUUCAUUCUCAAAAUCCAAAUAUGAAAGGUAAUUUUUCUUCUAAUAAUAUAUUUAUGAAUCAAAAUUUUAAUGAUACCAAUAGAUAUACAUACAACAAUGGCAAUAAGUCAAUACCCCCUAAUAUAAACUUAAAUUAUCCUAAUAACAACCAAAAUUUACAAAAUAUGAACUACUGUACUUCUAGUAUGAGCAAUAAUCCAUAUGAUAGUAAUAAUAUUUUUAAAAAUAAUAAUUCUAUAAAUUACAAUAACAAUAAUAAUGGCCCUAAUCAUAUCUAUAAUACUAUGUCAGCUACUAUUCCUCCAAUUCAUAAUGAACAAACUUAA